AUGGAACAUAUUUCCAGUUGUAGGAAAGCCUUAAGUGAAUGGUGGAUGCAACAUAAUGUCAAUUCGGCAAAAUUAGUGGAGGAGCUUAAAGAAAAAGUGGAGGGCUUGUAUGCAGAUGAUAAUGCUACAACUGAGGAAAUUGCAGCAGCUUUAAAGGAACUCUCUGAUGCUCUUAAAGCAGAAGAAAUAAGAGCAAGAAAUAAGAUCACACAACUCUUAGAUGAGAAUGGAAAUAUUGUUGAGGAUGAAGAAGGAUUGGUAGCCAUUGCUACUAGCUACUUUAGGCAGAUCUUUGAAUCAUCAAAUCCAGAGGACAUUGAAGAGGCACUAGCACAAAUUCCUUCGACGAUCACUGAUGAGAUUAAUGACAACCUUAUAGCCCUGGUCACUGAAUGGGAGGUCAAAUUGGCGCUAUUUGCAAUGCAUCCAGAAAAGGCCCCUAGACCAGAUGGGAUGACUGCGCUCUUCUAUCAAAAAUUUUGGGACAUAGUAAAGGAAGAUUUAACUCUUAUGGUUAAUAAAUUCCUUUUUGAGGGGACGGUGGCUAAUGGGCUGAAUGAUACAAACAUAUGUCUCAUUCCAAAGACAACAAAGCCUAAUGAAAUGACUCAGUUUCGACCCAUUAGUUUGUGCAACGUCAGCUACAAGAUAAUCUCUAAGGUCUUAUGCCAGAGAUUAAAGAAAGUGUUACCAGGGUUGAUAUCGGAAACCCAGUCAGCAUUUGUUGCUGGGAGACAGAUUUCAGACAAUAUUAUGAUUGCUCAAGAAAUGUUCCACGCUCUGCGAACUAAACCAAGUGGACGUAAUAAAAGGAUGGCCAUCAAAACAGACAUAAGUAAAGCAUAUGAUAGGAUGGAAUGGUCUUUUAUUGAAGCUGUCAUGCGUAAGAUGGGUUUCUCAGAAAUCUGGAUCACCUGGAUAAUGCGAUGCAUUACAUCGGACAAGUUGAUGCAUAGAGUGAAUGGAUGGACAGGUAGAUGGCUAUCAAAAGGUGGAAAGAAAGUGCUGAUUAAGUCCAUUUUGCUCGCUCUUCCGACAUACUUUAUGUCUACUUUCCUGCUCCCUUUAAAGAUAUGUGAAAACCUAGCCAGUGCCAUCGCUCAAUUCUGGCGGAGUUCUAAUCCACCAAAGAGAGGAAUACACUGGGCAAAAUGGGAAAAAGUUUGCUUACCAAGAGAGGAGCGUGGGAUUGGUUUCCGUAUGAUCCAUGAGUUUAAUCUGGCAUUAUUGGCAAAACAACUAUGGAAACUAGUACAAUUUCCUGAUUCUUUGGUAGCCCGAGUCAUAAAGGAAAGAUACUAUAGAUUGAGCUCUCCAUUAAGAGUAAACACUGCUGGUAGCCCAUCCUAUGUGUGGACUAGCAUUUCUGCUGCAAGGAAGCUGCUACUACUGGGAAUCAGACAGAAGAUACAUUCGGAUUAUGAAGUUAAGGUGUGGGAGGAUCCGUGGAUUCCAACAACUCCUGCGCGACCAGCUGUCCUCCUAGCACCAGUUAUGCAUCCUAAUAUGAGAGUCAGCGACCUCAUUUAUCAGGGAUCGAAGGAUUGGGAUGUUAAUCUAUUGGAAAACUAUGUUAAUCCUGAGGACGUACCACUCAUAAGGAGUUUGGCCAUAAGGUCAGCUCAUCGUCGUGAUACAUUUUUCUGGAACUAUACAAGGAAUGGCCAAUACACGGUCAAAUCUGGAUAUUGGGUGGCUCAGAAUUUAUUAAAGAUAGCGGACGAAAAAGAAGUUUUGGAGCCAAGUAUCACAAAGCUUCAAGCUUUUGCGUGGAACUUAAAAAGCGCCUACGAAGAUAUGUCAUCUUAUAUGGCAAUUGUUAACUGGUCAUGUGACAGUAACGAGGAACUUAAGAAGGCGCAAUAUGAGGUGUGA